AAAUUCAAGAAUUAAGAAGGCAAAUCAGAGUUUUAAAUAACCAAAUUGCUGGGCUAAAUAGAACUAUUGAAGAGCAGCAAGAAACAAUAGAUGCAGAAGAGGAGCUUCAUCAAGAAAGAGAAAGAAGAGUUUAUGUUAAAG